AUGCCAGGAGAAGCGACCUCUACAAGGCAACCUGGACGAGAGCUGCGAAUGAAUCACGUGAACAACUUGACAAUGUACGAACGCCGGAACUGGCCGCGGAUAGUUCAGGACAUUGAGGAAACGCUGCGUCAGUGUCCGUCUCUGCUUCCGGCUAUCGCUGUGCGUCGCUUUGAGGACGGACGGGAACAGCGAUUGGUGGUUUUGCGAGGGACGGUACCCAUAUUCUAUCGUGGUGUCCAGUAUAAUAUUCCGAUGGACUUUUGGUUGCCGGCGGCGUAUCCAGCAGAGCCACCUGUGCUCUAUGUAGUUCCGACGAGGCACAUGCAGAUUGUGCCCAUGCAUCCGCACGUUGGUAGUACGGGUCGGGUGUACUUGCCUGGCCUAGUGACAUGGAAUGCGAGCGAAAGUCGCUUGCACUUUAUUGUUGCGGAAGUGAGUUCAAACUUUAGUAGGCGUCCGCCGGUUUACUCCAUUCAUCCGCGCAACACGCAUGCGACGCAACAGAGUCGUCCUGCGGGAACUGGCGAGGCAGCGACUCCUGGGCAUGCUCCGACUGCUGCGACUGAUGCAGCGACGGGGGCAACACAGCAUCCCGGCCGCACCGUCCUUCGUCAGCGAAUACUCGAGCGAGCGCGACGGCGUUUCAGGGACGAAUUCAGGCGAAUAGCGGAGCUACAGCAAGCUUUAGAACAGGAGGUGGCAGCUGCGGCGCAACUUCACGACGACCAGGGAGCGAUGAGAAGCACAACGCCCCCCGAAGAUAUGGCAAUCAUUCAGGAGCAUGCACGUGUAUCCCAAGAGCUCCAGGCGGUUCGAGAAGAAGUCGAAGCGCAGGAGGAAUGGAUAGAUGCUCACCGGGAAUUAGAAAGCGACCCGGAUCUCGAGACAAUCCUUGCAUCAACGGACGCUCACACCAAUAUGGUGACUGAGGCGCGAGCAUCGGAACUCGCCAUCCAAGAUACACUGCAGCUUCUAGAAGAUGCACUGCGCCGGGGGCAAAUCGAUAUUGAUAAUUUUCUGCGACUCGUUCGGGAGCUUGCCUAUCGACGCUUUUUCAUCUGUCGUCAUCUGCGAACGCUGGAUGGCAACACGUGA